UCUCCCCCUGACCCCGCCCUUCCCCAAGAGGAAAGCACAGGAGAGGAGGGGAUGGCUACUGAUCUCCUCACAGCUGGGCCCCAGGGAUCCAUGUCCUUCAGCAGUGUGACUGGAGCUUUUACCCAAGAGGGCUGGAGACACCCAGUCCCUGGUCUGAGGGACAGGUACAAGGAGGGGAUACCAGAAAAGUCCAGAAACCUGGUCCUAUUGGGACUUCCAGUCUCCCAGCCUGGCUCAAACUCCAAGUUAGAACAGAGAGAAAAACCAUGGAUGCUGGAGGGAGAAGGCCUAAGAAGUGCCUGCCCAGACUGGAAGACUAUAUCCAAGGAAUCACCACCAGAGCAAGACAUCUCUGAAGAAUCAUUCCAAGACCCAAGUGUAGAAAUUCCCCCUGGGGAGUCAGACCACAGGAACAGCGAAUUUGGGAAAAGCAUCAAUCUGAGGCCAGUCCUUUCUCCACAACAGAGAGUUCCUACAGAAUUGAGACCCCGUAAAUGUGAAAUACAUCCAAAGAGCUUCAAGAACUCAGAUAUAAUUAAGCUUCACAGAGCAAAACCGUACACAUGUAAUGAAUGUGGCAAAGCCUUCAGUUACUGUUCAUCUCUUUCUCAACAUCAGAAGAGUCACACUGGGGAAAAGCCCUAUGAGUGCAAUGAAUGUGGGAAGGCUUUCAGCCAGAGCUCAUCUCUUAUUCAGCAUCAGAGGAUUCACACUGGAGAGAAACCUUAUAAAUGCAGUGAAUGCGGGAGAGCUUUCAGCCAGAAUGCAAACCUCACAAAACACCAGCGAACGCAUACUGGAGAAAAGCCCUACAAAUGCAAUGAGUGUGAGAAAGCCUUCAGUGACUGUUCUGCACUUGUUCAGCAUCAGAGAAUUCACACUGGAGAGAAACCCUACGAAUGCAGUGACUGUGGGAAGGCCUUCCGCCAUAGUGCAAAUCUUACAAACCACCAGAGGACUCAUACUGGGGAAAAGCCUUACAAAUGCAAUGAGUGCGGGAAGGCCUUCAGUUACUGUGCAGCAUUCAUUCAGCACCAGAGAAUUCAUACGGGAGAGAAACCCUACAAGUGUAAUGCAUGUGGCAAGGCCUUCAGCCAGAGUGCAAACCUCACAAACCAUCACAGGACUCAUACUGGAGAAAAACCUUACAAAUGUAGUGAGUGUGGGAAGGCCUUCAGCCAAAGUACAAAUCUUAUAAUUCACCAAAAAACCCAUACUGGAGAAAAGCCUUAUAAAUGUAAUGAAUGUGGGAAAUUCUUCAGUGAGAGCUCAGCCCUUAUUCGGCAUCAUAUAAUUCACACUGGAGAGAGACCUUAUGAAUGCAAUGAGUGUGGGAAAGCAUUUAAUCAGAGUUCAUCCCUUAGUCAGCAUCAAAGAAUUCACACUGGUGUGAAACCCUAUGAAUGUAGUGAGUGUGGGAAAGCCUUCAGGUGUAGUUCAGCUUUCAUUAGACAUCAAAGGCUCCAUAUUGGAGAGUGA